AUGACCCGACCGCUCACUCCGCCGCCAUCUCAGGUGUCGUCGGCGUCUCCUUCGUCGCUGCCAGUGCACCACUCGCCCCGAACGACCAGUUCCACUGGCCCACCGAGUACGGCCGUAGGCCAUCAGCGCCACAACGGCUUUGAGCGGCCUUUUUCACGGGACCAGCUGAUCUCGUGGAUCGGGCACUCGGUCUCGGCCGUGUGCUUCUUUCUCGGCGCCCUUAGUCUCUGCUUGUGUUGCACCGGGCAAGGCAAUGGGCCUGACAAUACGGACACAAGCCGCCGCCGCAACAGUUGCAAGUCCAUGCUAACAGUGACAGUCGUCGCCGUUGCAGUGCACAUUGUCAACUCGACUGUCCUCGUGGCUUCCUGGCGCGUCUGUGAGACCAUUGACCCUGCAAUCCAUGCCGACCCUUCGACCAGCUGGUGGUCGAGUCGACUCAGUGGUCCGCGAUGGGCGAAAACGCGGUACUGCGCCGUGUGCCGGAAGACUGUGCCGGGAAUGGACCACCACUGCACGUGGCUCCAGACGUGCAUUGGCCGCGCCAACUACGUCCAGUUCUUCACCGUGGCGUGCACGGGCACUGUCCAAUUUGGGCUGCAGGUCGCGUACGCCGUCGCGUGUCUCUGGUGGCUCUACGCCCACCCGAUGAUGCCCGAUGCCGCUGUGUUUGGCUACGUGGCCAAAGCGAGUUGCAUCCUGUGCGCCGUGCUCUCGCUCCCGUGCAUGUUCAUGUACGUUGUGCUCGUGGGCUUCCACCUCUGGCUCAUGGUACUGGGCUACGGCACGUACGAGUGGAUGCUGCGUCGACGCCAAGAGCAGCGCGCCAAGGUGGAGGCCAGGAAGAUGGCCCAGCAGGCUGCCCGAGACAAUGCCACGAGGGCGCCCCGCAGCUCCAGCAGGACGCGUCCAGUUGUGACGAUCGACGCCAGAAGUACGCACGCUGGGAUCACUGUCACAGACGUCAGGUGCCAAGAGCGAGAGCGAGAGCUCACCACACUGUAG